AUGUUGAACGCCAUACUUUCCCUGUUGCUGUCGUGGUUGUGCCAUCUCCUGUUGAUCGCUGCCCGUCAUAGAGAGGGCUUCAGGCGGACCGCUGGUGGAGCAGGUUCCUCUUUUGGCUCUCUGCCCCCAGCUCAACCCAAUCACGACAUCCCCGCCGCGCGUCGACGCCACCAAUUCCUCCAUUCAUGUGUCUCAGUCUCUCAAGUCUACGUAGUAUUGCUGAGCCCCGUCGAUUCGCGUUCUUUGUCCAACUCCCCGUUGAUCCGUCUAUCCGUUCGCUCCCCUCCGCUGGUAAGGCGCGCGUCCCGACCCGCCGUCUUCUUUUAUUCCUUCUUCUCCCCUACUGCAGACCUCCCCCUGCCACAACAAACCGUGUGCCGAGGGCGGCCAGACAUUCAGGGACAAUCAGAUAUCUACAAUAUCCACCUCCCCCAAAACAGAUGCCAGAUUCCGUCGCCCAGUGGUGGAAUCCAAUCGCCGCCAAGCUUCCAUUCGCGAAUGGACACAGUGCCUACAGCCAGCCUAAGCGUCUGGGAUCACGUCUGGGAUUGA